GUGAAACACAUGGACCAAUCAAAGGUGCGUUUGCACUGGCGCAUGCGCAGUACACGUGUACGUCUUGUUCCCAAAACAGCAGCCAAGGGAUCAGAGAGCAGAUGGAGGGACGUUGAAGUGUUUGGCCGCACAUUUCUCCGAACAACAGACAACUGUGGACAGACUUGGGAGAGGAAACUACCCAUCACCAUGGCUGCUGCUGCUGUUGCUACAUCUACCAAAGGCAGCCUGAGAGAGGACCUGACAUGUGCCAUAUGCUGUGACCUGUUCCGGGAGCCUGUCAUGUUGGCCUGUAUGCACCACUUCUGCAAACCCUGCAUCUCCAGGUACUGGAGAGGAACACAGGGCCCUGUAACCUGCCCGCAAUGCCGCAAAGAGUUCAACUCCAAGCAGUUUCAAACUAACUACCUAGUGGCGGCCAUGGUGGAGAAAGUCAGGGCCACCACCUCGGACACUUACAUCAAAAACCUACAGAAACAACUGAAAGAGACUUUGGAGAGCCAUCGCCUGAGGAAGGAGGACUUCAUCAAUAGUGUUCGCAGAGACAAAGACAAGUUGGAUACCAUAAAGAAAGUCGGGGCAGAUCUGCAGGCUCAUGUCAAAGGGGAAUUCAGAGCUCUCCAUCAGAUCCUGCACGAUGAAGAGACCUGUGUGCUGGAGCAGCUAAGGAGAGAGCAGGAGGAUGAGCUGGAGAAAGUCCAGCGCCACCUGGAGGCCAUCGAAUUAGCCGUGAGGGAGCUGGAGGACAAUAUGAGAGCGCUACAGCAGGCUAGCACUGCCACUGAAAACGUCGUACUGACUGAGUUCCCAAAGCUGAGACCAUGUGUGCAGGUGGAUAUUACCCCGGAGUUUGAUAUAAAAGCUUUCAGUAACAAAUACUUGGCCCCGUUACAGUACAUCACAUGGAGAAAGAUGUUCAAGUCUUUGAAGCCAGGUCCUUCCCCAUUAACGUUUGAUGUUGACACAGCGCACCCGAGCAUCUACGUCUCCAGGGACAAAACCGUGGCAGUGGAAUGUGACGUCAUGAUCCCACAUAUGGACCACAACAAGCGUUUCCUCCAGUGUGUCAACAUUCUGGCUGCACAGGGCUUCCAGUCAGGCCGAUACUACUGGGAGGUAGAAGUGGGCUCCAAACCCAAGUGGGACCUGGGCGUGGCCUCUGAGGCCGUAGGCAGGCACACUCGGAUCAAGCUGAGCCCCGAAAGCGGCUACUGGACGCUGCGGCUGCGUAAUGGGAACGAGUACUCCGCCGGCACGCAGCCCUGGACCAGGCUGCACCUUGGCUCUUCCCCUCAGAGGUUCGGGGUGUUCUUGGACUGUGAGGAGCGGAGGGUGUCCUUCUACAACGCCGAUGAUAUGAGGCUGCUCUACUCGUUCACCAACGGGCCGAGGGGCAAGGUGUUCCCCUUCUUCAGCCCGUGCAUUAGUGACAGCAGUCAGAAACCUCAGCCUAUCAAACUCCUCCACUACCCUCCCGUCGCUCUGUCUGGCUAACAUGGGUGCAAUCAAUAAAAGCUUUUCAGUAUGUAACAGCUGUUCAUUCACUUAUUGACUAAUAACUGUUAUCACUCAGCUGUUAAAGGACAGUAACUGCCAUUGUUAGCACUAUGGUCCUGUAUCACAAGAGUUUCAAAUUUCAGACUGUUCUCUUGUUUUCCUUGCUUUAGUCAUCGAAUAUAUCCAGAUGCUUCUAUUUUCUGAAUCCGUAAUGUUACACAAAUUGCCAUAUACACCAUAUAAAAAUUCCAUUGUGCUAUAAUCUUUUUGAAGAGGCUUCUUUAUUUUGCAGGAACAAUCAGCAUAAAACACAUUAAAUACACAAAUAUAACCAUUUUGGGUUGAAUAUAGUGAAGUUUAGAUGUAUCUAAUUACAUUUUAAGACAUUCUGUUUCUUCACUGUUCAACCAAAUAUCUUAAAUAGAUUGAUACAGUUGACGUUUCAUAUGAUAGUCUGAAUAAUUAUCUCUCAUCAAGUCAGACUAUCCUUAGGCUCGCUUGUAAAAGGGUUUUUUAAUCACCAUUGAGUUCAAUCAGCGUGAAGGGCUUGUGCACUUUACUGUGAGAUUUUAUAUUUGAUUAAAUGGUUCUUCAUGUUUUAUACAUUAGUCUGAAAUGAAAAUGUUUUGCCUUUUUAUUUGAGAUGCAUUUUCUGAUCAAGUUUAACACCCAGAUGUAAUUUCACAGCACCUUAUGAGUUCUUUAGCUGACUUCUAGCUGCUCCUGUUUUUGUACAUUCAUUUAUAUAUGUUACAUGUGCCUAAAUUUGAACAUGUUUGUGAUAUAAUGCACACUCAUUGUAAUUUUUUUAUUGCUCAAGGAAAUGAUUAAAGUUCUUUGCAGGGUUCAGUCUAUGCAGUAUAUUUUACAUUGUUGUCACUGCAUGUAAAUUACAUGUACGAUCAUUUCCUGACAGACCCAAACAGUUAUUUUUAAAACCUGCUGAUGCAAACAAUAAACCAAAUCACUUUUUCUUUCUUAAA